AUGGGCCUCGCUUUCUCUCAGUUGGCUCCACAGCAGUCGCGGCAGCCUGCUGAUUGCGCUGACGGCAUCUCCCAGAACGAAGUGCACGAAGGCGCUCCUUAUGACCUGGAGUGCGGCAUGGGGUCGUGCAGAAGCACUUUUUCCUCAAGGCAAGAAGAGAAAGAUGAAGAAGUGACCGCGGCUCCUCCGGUGGUGAUCAGGUGGGUUCUGCGCGAGGUUAUUGACUGGCCCUCCACGUGGCAAACUAACGACGAAGAAAAGGGGAGAAUAGAGGUUGAAACUGAGGUGCAUGUAGCUCGGUUGCUCAGUUGCUGGAAGAAGCACGGGGAAGCGUUUCCUGAGGCUUUUGUCGAGGAGCUGUCCCUGCUUGUGGCCAGCUUUCAGGAAGAAGACUGCAAAGUAGGUCCUUGCUUUCCCAUAAACAAGCUGGGUCAGCUGUCAAGCUUCUUGGCAGACGUCUUUGCUAGCAGCGAGGACUCCGUGCACGUCAGAAAGGACUCGCAGGAGCUUUGGGUGUCCGUCCUGGCGGCGUUCCGCCGGAAACACGACCAGAUGUCUGAUCAAGCCCCUGCGCCUGCGGACGAUACUUCCUCCAGCAACCUGCACACGAAAGAUCCCCCCGAGUCUUUGAUAAAAACGUCAGCGCUGGAAGCGGAACGGUUUGAAGAUCUUAUGCCAGCACCUUCUGUCGUUACCUCCUGGGUGUUGAUUGACGUAGCAAACUCGGGGAUCCCUCAGAGGUUGCUAGUGACAGAGGAAAAUCACUUGGAAAGGGAUGCUCAAACGGAGGCCCAUGCCGAAAGGCUGCGCAAGUGCUGGGAGCAACAUGGAGACGCGUUUCCGAAGGCCUUCGCAAUGGAGCUGUCCGCAUUUUGGCAAGGCUUGCAAGAUGAACAAUUCAAAGGUCAUGGUGACAGGGUCAUUCAGGUGGCCACUUUCUUGGCGCAGAUAUUUGCAAGUGUGAAUGCGUCCAUGCACGUGACAAGGGGGUCGGAGGAGCUCUGGCCUUCCGUUCUGGAGGAGCUCCGCCGGAAUCUCGAGGACAUGUCCAAAGGAGCGGAAUGGGCGGCUCCAGAAGCAAAGCAAUGGCGAGGGAGGACACAAAUUAUGCUUCAGUGUGUCCCUUCAAACCUACCUAAGGAAACGUUGAACUCCGCCAAGAACAUCACUAUUACAACCGAAAACUACGGGAACAUGGCCAAAGCUUUCAGAACCCUCAUAGAAGAGAUGUCAGCCAUGGAAGCCGAGGGAUACGAAAAACAACUAGAGGCGGAGAAGGAGGCCAAAAAGAAGGCUCUCAGGGCUGCAAUGAAGAGAGCUCCGUGGGAGGUUGAGGCAAAGAAGGCAGCAGAGGCUUAA